GUGAUGGCGAGUGCGGGCUUUGGGAUGAGACUGUCGCUGCAUCCUGAUGCAGUGCCAACUUUGUUCCCUGACACGGACAACUUAAAGGCAUUACAGCCGAAAGCCCUAAGGCCAGACGAGUUAGGAGCCCCCAAACAGAAACGUGACAACUAUGGUGCUUUUGCCAAGAGAAAUCGCAAAACGGCUCGAAGGCGCACAAGGAAUUACUGUUGGUCAUCGGAAGCAAGCGUCUUCUCUCUGACAUUCGCAUGCUGUCACCAGCUGAACAGACCUCGAUGCUGGAGGCUCAACACAAGGUGGUCUGCCAAUUUGCGCCAAAAUUUGUCUGCUUUUCAUACGCAGCAAUGAAACAGAGAUUGCAUCUGGCAGCCCUGCAUUCCGUUUCUAAUGCGCACAGGAAACAUGCAGAGAAGAAGAACGGCGAAAAGCGCUACAGGAUUUCGUAUCCAAAGUACAAGGCGGGACACCAUGUCGUGAAACCUGUCAAAGAGGCCUGCAAUUAUGAUUAUGUCACAGAGCUCAUGGUUGAAUUGCUGCAAUUAAAACAACAGUUCAAGAGCACCCGGAUUGCUAAGCAGGCAUCUUCUUCCAUUCUGUUCUCUCCACCACCAUUAGCAUCAUCUGCGAAGAAAAUUUUAAAGAAUGAAGCAGUGCAGUUGCACCGCUCUAGGUUUAAUUAAUUACAGUAAUUGGAAACAACUUGGCAUGCCAUUUGUCAUGUAUUGCUCCAGCUGGGUUUAGUGUACGUGCGUAAGGUGUCAUCCCAGAUUAGCCUGUGCCAUAUAUGUUUGUAAUUAAUUUAAAAAAUCCUCGCGCUGGAAAGAUGGGACAAAGCGUGCGCAAAAUAUCUCGUCCCAUAUUAGCCUGUGUCCCUGAUAAGACUGUGCAGACUCGACGUGAAAACAUGAUAUGCCCCAAGUUUUAUAUGCCAAUGUCUACGAAUGUGCCCUUUUGACAAAUUAGAACCUAGCUGAAGCACUGAUCACGUAUUGUUUCAAAUUAACAUAGCAACUACAAUUAUUUUUUUGAAAAAUGUGAAUGUAUUAUUUUGACAAAUAUGCUGUAAUAAUAGUUUUCCCAUUGUGUGCUAUACUGUUAGUAUAAAAAUGUUAAUGUCAACACCUUUAUUUUUAAAUGUUGGGACCAUGUAGUGUUUUUUGUGUGAUAGUAUUGGUAUGUAAAAGAUGUUUUAGAAGUCAUUUUGUUAAAGGUACUUAAUAUGACUCCAUGACAAGUUGUAUUGCAACAUUGUGCUAGUAAAGCUCAUUUACUUAUUCCGUCCAGUUUUCUAAAACUUGUCGUCAGGUUACAAGUUGUUCUGUUGUUGUGUCUGUGGUAAUUUAUAUUUUUAGAUGUUGCAAUAAACUUGUAUGCUACAUA